GUGGAGCAGGAGGAAGCUCCGGACGACGACUCGAAGAAGGAGGCGGGCGGCCCGGGCCCCAGGCCCCUCCCAGGCUCUGAGUCUCCGGGCUGCAGGCGAAUGGAUGGGGCUUCUUCAGGCGGCGGCGGCAGCAGGGAAGGUGGCGGCAGCGGCAGCGGCUAUGGUGUGGUCGCUCGAUUCUCCCAGUGCCUGGCUGAGUUUCGGACGUGGUUAAGAACCAACUGGUUGAGGUUCAAUGCAGACAAGACGGAUGUGAUGCUGAAAAUGUGCAUCAGAUGUUUAUGUUUAAUUGGUUUACAGACUGUCUGUGGACUCUUUUCCUGUCAAAUUACCAGCCAUCUGUUGAAUCUUCAAGUCCAGAAAUGGAUGAAAUGUUUGACUGCCCAUGAAAGUACAGGGGGUUCAGCAACAUCAGAUGACCAUGAAUUUGAUCCAUCAGCUGACAUGCUGGUUCAUGAUUUUGAUGAUGAACGAACAUUAGAAGAGGAAGAAAUGAUGGAAGGAGAAACAAACUUCAGUUCUGAAAUAGAGGAUCUUGCAAGGGAAGGUGACAUGCCAAUUCAUGAACUGCUCAGCCUUUAUGGUUAUAAUAGUUCUGUUCAACUACCUGAAGAAGAUGAUGAAGAGGAAGAAGAAGAGGAAGAAGGUGAAGAUGAUGAAGAUGCUGAUAAUGAUGACAACAGUGGCUGUAGUGGGGAAAAUAAAGAAGAGAAUAUAAAGGAUUCAUCAGGUCAGGAGGAUGAAACUCAGUCUUCCAAUGAUGAUCCAUCACAAUCUGUUGCUUCUCAAGAUGCCCAGGAAAUAAUCCGUCCACGUCGAUGUAAAUAUUUUGAUACAAAUAGUGAAAUAGAAGAAGAAUCAGAAGAAGAUGAAGAUUAUAUUCCAUCAGAAGACUGGAAAAAGGAGAUUAUGGUGGGCUCCAUGUUUCAAGCAGAGAUUCCUGUUGGCAUUUGUAAAUACAAAGAAAAUGAAAAAGUAUAUGAAAAUGAUGAUCAGCUCCUGUGGGACCCUGAGUACUUACCAGAAGAUAAAGUGAUUAUAUUUCUUAAGGAUGCGUCUAGAAGAACAGGUGAUGAGAAAGGUGUAGAAGCAAUUCCUGAAGGAUCUCACAUAAAAGACAAUGAACAGGCUUUAUAUGAAUUGGUGAAAUGCAAUUUUGACACAGAGGAAGCAUUGAGAAGAUUAAGAUUUAAUGUAAAAGCAGCUAGAGAGGAAUUAUCUGUUUGGACAGAGGAAGAGUGUAGAAAUUUUGAGCAAGGGCUGAAGGCCUAUGGAAAAGAUUUUCAUUUGAUUCAGGCUAAUAAAGUCCGAACAAGGUCAGUUGGUGAAUGUGUAGCAUUCUAUUACAUGUGGAAAAAAUCUGAACGUUACGAUUUCUUUGCUCAACAAACACGAUUUGGAAAAAAGAAAUAUAAUCUUCAUCCUGGUGUAACGGAUUACAUGGAUCGUCUUCUAGAUGAAAGUGAAAGCGCUGCUUCUAGUCGAGCCCCAUCCCCACCCCCAACUGCCUCAAACAGUAGUAACAGCCAGUCUGAGAAAGAAGAUGGCACCAUAAGCAAUAGUAAUCAAAAUGGGGUGUCAUCUAAUGGACCAGGUGAAAUAUUAAACAAAGAAGAAGUAAAAGUUGAAGGGUUACAUGUUAAUGGACCAACAGGUGGAAAUAAGAAACCACUUCAUGCAGAUAUGGAUACUAAUGGUUAUGAAACAGAUAACCUUACCACUGACCCAAAACCUGCCCAUGUGACUGCAAGAAAUGAAAAUGAUUUUGAUGAAAAAAGUGAGAGACCUGCCAAAAGGCGAAGGGUAAACAGCAAUGGAAAAGAAAGUCCAGGUUCUUCUGAGUUUUUCCAAGAAGCAAUCUCACAUGGAAAAUUUGAAGAACUUGAAAACACAGAUGACUAAAUUUUAGAUCUUAAUUUUAUGUGCUCUGGAGUAAAUUCUGGUGUGACUAAAAUUUUCAGGGUUGAUGGGUUACCUUACAAAGUUGAUUUCCUUGAAGUAGUUGGUUAAAAUUUGAAAAUUGAAUUGAGUCCUAACUUUAGGAAAUAAGAUUUCUUAAUUUUGCCUUUUGCAGAUAUUUUAUUUUUAAAUUGUCAAAGAACCUUUUAAGGAUAUAAAAAAAUUAGUAAGUUUAAAUGAAUUAGAUAUAUAUCUAUACCUUUUCAUCUGAUAUAUUAAUCAUAAAAUUUCACUACAAGGUAAUUUUUGCUUAGUUUGAUGAAGGAAUGGAAAAAACCAAGUCCAAAUUUCUGCUUAACACCAUUUUUUUCUGAGUUUGUUGAAAUGUCUUUAUAACAGACAUUUUUCUCUCCAUACAAAUUAUCAAGGAAACCCAAUGAAUCCUGAAAGUUAUGCUAGCAUGAUUUUUUUAUAUAUAGAAGUUUAAAAAUAAACCAAGUCAGGUUUGUAUAUGUAAAAUUGUUGACAUCAAUGAUGUCUUUCCAUAUUCUUAUCUGGGCUUAAGAAAUACAUUCUGUAUUUUUCCAGAUUCUUUGUAGCCUUUGAAAGAUUUUUACAGUACAUAUGUCUUGACUGAGCUGUCCUUUCUUAAUACAAAAGCUUGUAUAAUUUUCUUAACUUGUACAGUUGGUAAACUUUUAUGAGAGGAAUUGAUAUUCUGAGUCUGUCAGCUUUCAUUUUAUUUUGCUAAGGUUUUUCUAAUGAAUUUUUUAAGUGUUUGUGUAGUAACUAAGUCAUGUUUCUUAUCCAGGUGGUAAAAUCAUUCAUAAAGGAUUGUGAAAAUUUGUUUUUUCAAAUUUCUACUUAAGGACAAAUAAUUUGAGAAUUCUGAAAUUAAGCAUGAUGCUUCGAUUGCAGUUUGUUUUGCAUUUGUUAUAAUUUUCAAAAUUAUUUUUGAAGCAAGACAAAAGUUUAAAUGUCAGCUUAAGUGCUUAAAUGUAUCAUGCUGACCAGAAUCCUGUUGAGUUAUUUUUAUAUGCAUUGUAAAACUUCCCAUUUUUGCAUUAAACAGAGGAGAAAAGGUCAAGUGACACUUAGAUAUUGGCACACACAAGGAGUAACUGUUGGCAGACAAUAAUGAUUUUAUGAGGAGAAAGGGAUGAAGUUUGAAAAUUUUUCAAACUUUUCCAGCUACCAGUCCAGUUUUUCAGAUUUGAUAGUUUUUCCAAAAUUAAAAUAAGAUAUACAAUAACCAUUGCUCUGUGUGAUUACAAAUAGGAUUACCCAUGUGCAUAGCCUUGUACAAGUGCCAUUUUAUUUUUAGUGCUAAAUUCUUGUUAACAAAUGUAGUUUUAUACAGCUGAUAGACCAACUUAUAUCCAAACUUUUAUAAAAGAUUAUUAACUAUUCUUGUUUUUCUCACACAGGCCUACUCCAAAUGCUUCUUCCAAUUCAUUUUCAGCCAUCGGUUCAAGAGCCAAUGCCUUUUUAAAAUAAAUCUUCUGUGGUCUUAUUUUUAAUGGCUCAACUGUCUAAUACAAUUGAGUAGAGGUUUGCACUGAGAAAUUAUCGUUUAGGCCUUACCCCCAUGAAGUAUUACUGUUAACAUAUUCAGACUGCUUCCCUUCACCAAUGUGAACAAUUUUUUUUCCAAACAGUGUUAAAAGCCACUUUACAACACUUGACUUCAUAUAACGUACAUUCACUGUUGUUACAUACAUACCCAAGUAAAUCAAAAGUUUUAGGUGGAAAUGUUGAGAAGUAUGAGUUUGUUUUUGUUUUGUUUUACUUACAACAUUAAUUUAUCCAGAAUGGCAGCAGUUUUAGCAGAUGUUCACAAUCCAUUUUCUAAACCAGAUUUUAUUAAAUGAAUCCAAAGUAUCCUAGCUCUUUGUCAAAGAUGGUCUAUGAAAAUGUUUUAAAAGAUUAGUGAUGCUAUACUUUUUAAAUUGUUGCAAUAUUAGAGAUACCAUUUUCACCUUUUUUAAAAGAUGCAUUUCAUUUGCAGGUUUGUGAAGUUCUUGCAAACUACUAUUACAGGAACAUUUUAAGUAAAUUCUCUCAGGCAUGUUUGCAAACAUAGCACAUGUAUACAUGUUAGGAAAUUUUACUUUCUUAAUCUUUUUAAAAUAUGCCUAAUAAAAGACAUUCCACUAUUAUAAUAUGCAAUGCUCAGCUUUUCAUAAAGAAAUAUUUAAUUGUAUUUUGUGUUUAUACAGGUUAUUUCAUAUAGUACUUUGUUCUUCAUAAUGCAGCCACUAUAACUUGAUAAGUCAUUGCACUAUUUAAAAAUUUUUAGUAAUAUCGUGAAUUUAAUUUGCUUUAGAGUUAGUACAUUUCAGAACUCUUCAACUCUUGACAAUUUGCAUUGGGAAAAGAAGUCUUUGUUAAAAGUUACUUAGUCUCCCCACCUCAUUCCCAUCCCCAGCAGAGCUCUAUCAUUUUCAUUUGGAAUGGCAUUCUGUUUCAUGAUGUGUUUUCAAAUAGAGUUCAGAAGCUGCAACUCAGUUCAACACAGAUCUGUUGAGCUUUAAAAUGUAUUUGAAGUAAUAUUUAAAUAGGCAUUUAAAAUUAUGAAUUAGAUGUUUUUAAAUUUAUGCAUAGUAAUUUUGCACUGUAAAAUAAUUCCCUUCCCCUAUUCCUUGUCUGCCAUUCUGAAUAUGCUUAUUAAAAUAUUUUUUUAAACAUA